CCUAAAAUUACCAAAAUACCCUCAUACCCACGGACUAAACAAUAAAAUCCUCCUCAUUCAUCAAACUUUCUCUCAGAAUCUCAACAGAAAGAACCUCUCUCUCCUUAAAAAAUGGGCAACACUCCUCACCGGAGAUCAUCAUCAUCAUCAUCUUACUUUUCCGGCUGUAUCUCGCCGUCGUGUGUUCAAUCUCAUAACCAGUAUACACUAAUCAACGACGGCAAACACAUCAAUGGCUGUGAUCGAUGGCGUCGGAAGUGGAGAAAGCUGAUCAACACAGUGAUUCGAGAAAGCAAGAAGAGCAUCUAUGGAUCCCCAAAACCUUUGACAUUCCGGUAUGACGCCGUUAGCUACUCGCAGAAUUUCGAUGAAGGAACUCAUCGGUGUGAGUAUUACGAUCAGCACGGACGUCGAUGCUCAAUUGCUCACAGGGCCCACAGUGAUCGUGUCCUGCUCCAGUUUAGCAAUUAGCGGUGAGUGAUGAUUCAAAUGAUGAUGAGUAGACUAAAAAGUGACCAUCGACAAUUCAAUGGUAUUAUAAUUAUUUUUGUUACAUAGAUUUGGUGAAAAGUAAUUAUUUGUUUGAAUUAUAUCAUUAUAAAAGAUUGGGUUGUAAGAAAAAGAAGAAAAUUAAUUUUUCUUUAGUAAUAUAUGAAUUGAGUUGGCUUAUACCGUGUUAUUUUAUGUGUGAGCUGUAAAUCAGGUAUAUCAUUUCGUCUGAAAGAUAUAAAUCGGUUGGUUUAUACCGUCUCAUCUCAUCUGUAAAUUGUAUAUCAAAUACAACAUCUUGUCUGAAAGAUUAAAUCAGCUCAGCUAGUUUAUGUUGCCGCGUCUCACUUGUGAGUAGGGGUGUCAAUUUAUGACACGACACGACAAAAAUACACGAAACGAAACGAAACGAAAUUGGGACGAAAUCAAAAUUCGAAUUCGUGUUCGUGUCAAGAUUAAAAAACACGAUGUCAUGUCGUGUCAUGUUCGUGUUCAUAAAUCGACACGAAAUUGACACGAUUAAGCAUGUGGUUGUCGGGUUUUUUGUGUUUGUCGUUUUUAUCGUGUUAUAUAUCUUUAAGUAUGAAUGAAAUACACUAAUAGUUAUGUAAUAUUAUCUUUAUUGUGUCGUGUCGUGUCAUGUUGUCGUGUUUUAAUUGGUUCA